AUGCCCACAGGCGCUACGGCGACCUGGCAGUAUCUCGGUAUUGUCGUGGCCGCGCAGCUGUCGGCGUUUGGCGUGUGGGCAGUGUGGGCACCGCACUCCGAGGCCGGCAUCAUCUUCCGCUUACGACCGCCAUUCAAUUCACCACUGUAUCUCGUCAACCGGGACGACGUCGACCUGAGCGUCGACGAUGAGUCGACUCGUCCACCACCCACAGACCCAAGCGACCCCAUCGCCAUCCUCAUGCCCCUCGUCGGCCUGUGUGACCUUGGGCUGGCCUUUUCCAUGUUCAUCUUCGCCUAUCAGAACAAGUAUGCAGAGGUCGGCACCGUCAUCUUGAGCGCCCUCUUCAUGCAAAUCUGGGAGGUGCCCGUCGUGUAUACGCGCCGCGGCGCGCCAUUAGCAGGUGCUCUAUCACUGUUAAUAUUGGUGUGGGGUACGGUUGGGUAUGCCCUCGUCUUCUGGUAG